AUGUCGCUGACGAAUGCGAAAAUUUUAGAAAUUCUUGAGGAAAGUGAGGAUGGACUUGACUUUGACGAUGAUAGUGUGGCUGAUCCUGAAUAUUCGGUAGAUGUAGAAGACUCCAUUUUUGAAGAUGUUGCUCAUGAUCCUGAAUAUACUGUAGAUGCACAAGACGCCAUUAUCGAAGAUGUUGCUCCAGAUAUUAACGAUAUAAUAGAAUGUGUAGGAAAUGAAGCAGCAGAAAGUAGGCAAUGCCAAAAGAAGCGUUAUGAGAACAUUCUUUGGAAAAAGAAAAACCUUGUUCUAAAUGAGCAACAACUGAUAUUCAAAGGGAAUACAACAUUGCCCGAAGAAAUAAAAAGCCUUAGCACUCCAAUACAAUAUUUUUUUUACUUCCUUUCAAAAGAAAUGUUGCAAUACAUUGCUGAUGAAACAAAUUUGUAUAUCACGCAAAAGGACAUCAGUGAUACAUUUCGCGUAGCACAAAUAGAUAUUCAACAAUUUAUUGGCAUUGUGUACAUGAUGUCGUUGGUACAGCUUCCUAAUGCAUCCAGUCACUGGAGCAACAGCAUUGGGACCACAAAAAUACGAGAAGUGAUGCCUUUAAAAAAAUUUGAAAAAAUUAGACGGGUAAUUCACUUCAAUGAUAACACCAAAAAUCUGGCUGCAACCGACAAAAAUUAUGAUAGAAUGUUUAAAGUCCGGCCAGUCAUAGACGAAUUAAAUAAAAAUUUUCGUAAAGUUCCUCUUGAACCACAUCUUUGUGUCGAUGAACAGAUGUGUUCUACCAAAGCCAGAAACCAUCUAAAGCGUUACAUACCUAACAAACCCCAUAAAUGGGGUUAUAAAAUAUAUGUACUAUGUGGGUCUUCGGGAUUCGCUUAUAAAAUUGAGCCAGAAACUGGAAAGGAAAAUGUUAUUGAGAGCAACGAACCUGACCUAGGCGCAUCUUCAAAUGUAGUCAUGAGACUGGCGCGAAUCAUUCCCAGAAAACAAAAUUUUCAACUAUAUUUCGACAAUUAUUUUACUUCUUUGCCUCUCCUCGCCUAUUUAGCUAAAGAAGGAAUUUUUAGCGUAGGAACGAUAAGAAGAAACCGUAUUCAAAAUUGUAAACUUCCACCUGAAAAGGAAAUGAUUAAGAACAAUAGAGGAUCUUUUGUAGAGUUUGUUUGUAGCGUUGAAGGAAUUGAAAUUGCAACAGUCUCAUGGAAGGACAACAAAAUUGUAAAUCUGGCUUCUACUUUCAUUGGUGAAAUCCCAAAACGUCCAGUAAAGAGAUACGACAAAGCUCAAAAAAAGUAUAUUGAAAUAGAACGUCCUUCCAUUGUUGGCCAAUAUAAUGCGCACAUGGGAGGUGUAGAUCUCAUUGACGCUAUUAUGGGAAGAUACAAAAUUCAGCUUCGCAGUAAAAGGUGGCAAGUUCGAUUAUUUUACCACUUUUUAGAUUUAGUAAUGGCGAACUCAUGGCUAUUGUACAAAAAGAACAGUGCAGCCAAUAAAACACACAAGUUGUUAUCUUCUGCAGAAUUUCGUCUGCAGAUUGCUGAAACUCUUUUGAAGCUCGAUACCAAAUCUAAAAUAAAAAGAACGAGAUCAAUUGAACCUGAUUUACAAGCAAAAAAGUCCAAAGGACCGGCUCAACAUGCUCCACCACAAGCUGUACGUCUAGACCAGCAACUACAAUCACUCAGUGUACGUGGUUUAAAGUGGCCACGUGACCAAGCUUCACAUAAUCAAAUGCGCAUGGCAGCAUACCGCUGUGAUUCAGUAUCUGAAAUAUUUCAAUUGUAUUUAAAGUGUUCUAAUCAUAAUGGUAUGGCUCAUGUUACUUCAUUAAAGGCCGCCAUGCCUACACGUAUUCCCUAUCCAUGUGAAAUAUUUGGGGACAACCUAACUUCUUCAGGUUUUGUGAAUCCCUAUGAGAAACGCGCUAAAGAUGUAUGUGAAAAUAACUGA